CAUCCACCAAUCUCGGUACGUUCUAAUGUUGUAUUCUUUGAACCAUAUUACGCUGGUGAACCAGGUAGACACAAGGCAUGUUGGAAUUUAUUAGAACCAAUGCACAGAAACUACUACCAACCAAUUCAAUUCAAACUCCCAUCAUACCCAGAUACAUCACUCCCAAUCACCCAAAUCGACGAAAAAAGUGGUAUAUUCGAUAACGAACGUUUCCUUGCAUAUAAUAAUCCACAAGCUAUGAGUAAAUAUGAAUCAUAUCGUAUUUAUAUUCAUCCUUCAUUAGGUUACAGUGGUAAUGCUAAGAGAUUCAAACAACAACCAGAUGUAAAUGAAAAGGCUCUUAUUCUUGAUGGUAAUGUUUACGAUGGCCAUUUAAAUCCAAUUUACAACUGUAAAAUCUGUACUGAAUAUUAUCAAACUAAAUCUUAUUUCUCAGCCAAUCCACACGCUAAAGGUAAAGUCCUUUUGGUUAAAAAUAAUAUUUUAACACGUGUCAAAGAUGGUGGUUUUACUCUUUCUUUAAAACCAAUGUGCUGCUCUGGUCACAACUCUCAUAUUCCACUUUAUUUCCAUUUCACUUUAACUAACCCACUCACCAACGAAGUUGUUCUUCAAUCAUUAAUCAAUGUAAAUGUAAAACAAUGGAAGAAAUCAGUACCAAAUAAAUCAAAAAAGCAAAGAUUUGAAUAA